CAGUGCCGUGCUUGUUCCCGUCAUGGCAGCGGCGGCGCAGCUGCUCCGUGGGGUUGCCCGCGGCCCGGCCGCCCUCGCUCUCGUCGCCGUGUCGGGCCGGCGGACGCUGGGCUCCGCUCCGCCGCGGGGGGCGGCAGGACCGGGCGGGCGGCGGGCCGCGCUGGCAGCGGCGGCGGGGGCGCUGGGCGGGCUGGGGCUGGGGCUGUGGCGGCGGCAGGCCGCGAUGGCGGCGUCCGAGGAGGACGAGGAUGACAAGGAAGAGGAGGAGCUGCGGAAGCGCUUCAUGGCGCCGCCGGUGAGCGGGCUGCGGGAGCUGCGGCGACGGCGCCGGGAGCUGCGGAGCCGCAUGGAGCUGCUCAUCAUGGAAACGCAGGGGGAGGUGUGCCGCGCCUUGGCCGCGCUGGACCCCGGCGCCGCCUUCGCCGUCGACACCUGGGAGCGGAAGGAAGGCGGAGGCGGCAUCAGCUGCGUACUGCAGGACGGCGAGAUCUUCGAGAAGGCGGGUGUAAACGUGUCCGUGGUGUUCGGGCUCCUGUCUGAGGAAGCUGCGCGGCAGAUGCGAAGCAGAGGGAAGUCUCUGAAGGCCAAGGACGGGAAACUGCCUUUUUGUGCCAUGGGGGUGAGCUCUGUUAUCCAUCCAAAGAACCCCCAUGUUCCAACCAUGCACUUCAACUACAGAUAUUUUGAAAUUGAGGAAGCAGAUGGAACUAAACAGUGGUGGUUUGGUGGCGGAACUGACCUCACUCCAACUUACUUGAAUGAAGAGGAUGCUGUUCAUUUUCACAAGACUCUGAAAGAAGCCUGUGACAAGCAUGAUCUGAAGCUGUAUCCCAAGUACAAGAAAUGGUGUGAUGACUACUUCUACAUCAAGCACCGUGGCGAGCGAAGAGGGAUUGGAGGCAUAUUCUUUGAUGAUGUGGACUCUCCCUCCAAGGAGGAAGUAUUCCAGUUUGUGAAGAGUUGUGCCAAAGCUGUUGUGCCUUGUUAUGUUCCCAUUGUGAAAAAGCACUGCCAUGACUCCUUCACACCAGAGGAAAAGCUAUGGCAGCAGCUUCGGAGAGGACGAUACGUUGAAUUCAACUUGGUUUAUGACAGAGGUACAAAGUUUGGCCUCCUGACACCAGGAUCGAGAAUCGAAAGCAUUCUCAUGUCUCUGCCACUGACUGCAAGGUGGGAGUACAUGCACAUCCCUCCAAAGAGCUCGAAAGAAGCAGAAAUCCUGGAGGUUCUGCGCAAUCCCAAAGACUGGGUACACUGACAUGGAUUGUUAACAGGAUGAAUUGCUUGCACUGAGCCAUUAUGAAAGAAGAGAAACACCUGCAAAACAGCUCAUCCAAAUUGCUGAUGCAUGGUGGUUUUGGAUAGAUAUUCAUACUCUUACCUCGUGCCUUAGUAAUGCUGUAGACUUGUUAUAACUUGCAAAUAUGUGAACUCAUUGUUUAAGACUGAUUGACUAAAUGUUAUCACCCCCUGUUGAUGUUGCAUUGUGAAGGACUGGUGAUUCCUUCUCAGGGACUAUUGUGCACACCUAAGAACUUCCUCAACUGCUUUGUCUGACUGCAAAAUAGCAAAACUACAGUGACAUGUUUCUGUGUGGAACGAAAGCAUUAUCUGUGCCUAAACAGCACUGCUUACUUUUAGAAAAUGUCUGGAUGGUUUAGAAAGGUUUUUUUUGUUUUUUUAUGAAUAAAGGGAAUAUUUGGUAUGAUUUUAAA